GAUACAUUACUUUUCAUGAACUUGGAGCUCAUUAAUAGUGAGUGAAAUAUUAAAAUUAUGUUUAUAUCUGUCUCAUACUAAUGUUAUGUUGAUAUUCACUUCAAAAAGUUAAUCUCAUAUUUUCAUUGCACAUUUUUGUCAAUAUUCAGCAUAUAUAUGGAACCUGAAAAUCAAACAUAUAUUUCAGAAUUUUUUCUCAUGGGACUAACAUAUGUCCCUGAACUGCAGCCCCUCAUCUUCAACGUGUUCCUGCUCAUGUACCUCAUCACCAUCAUGGGAAACCUACUCAUUAUCCUGGCUGUAAGCAUAGACUCCCACCUGCACACUCCCAUGUACUUCUUCCUGUGUAAUCUAUCUUUCACUGAUAUCUGUGCAAGCACAACGACAGUCCCAAAGUUGCUGUUGAACAUCCAAGCACAUGACCAGAGCAUCACUUAUGUGGGUUGCCUGUCCCAGGUGUGCUUUAUAUUGAUAUUUUGUGUUUUAGAAAGUUGUCUCCUCACUGUAAUGGCUUAUGACCGCUAUGUGGCCAUUUGUCAACCUCUGAGAUACACAAUUAUUAUGAACCCUUUAUCAUGCAUCUUGCUAGUCAUACUUUCCCUGCUCAUCAGCACUAUAAAUGCACUGAUCCACACCCUUCUGGUUUUGCCACUGUCAUUUUGCACAGAACAAGAUAUCCCCAACUUCUUCUGUGAACUUGGUCAGGUCACCAAGCUUGCCUGCUCUGAUACAUUUAUCAAUAUAAUCAUAAUUUAUACUGCAACUAUUGUAUUUUCAGUUAUCCCCCUCUCUGGAAUUAUUUUCUCUUAUUUUCAAAUUGUGUCCUCUAUUCUGAAGAUACCGUCAGUUGGUGGAAGACAUAAAGCUUUUUCCACCUGUGGGUCUCAUCUUUCAGUGGUAUCUUUAUUCUAUGGGACUGGUUUAGGUGUGUACAUGAGUUCUUCCGUUUCUAACUCUUCCAGCAGCAAUGUAAUAGCAUCCAUGAUGUACAGCGUGGUCCCUCAAAUGCUGAAUCCUUUCAUCUACAGUUUGAGAAGCAAAGAAAUCAAGGGAGCCUUGAGGAAGUUCAUCACUAGAUUCAUUUAAUUUCUAUAAUUUUGUGUGCUAAUACACUGAAGCAGAAAGUGUUGCAAUGGUUCCAGUUAAAUGAAGAUGUAUAGACUUGUCUUAAAGGGAAAAUAUGUGUCAUUUGGAUGUGAGAGAAAAGGUUUAAAAUUUUGUAAUAACACAAAUAAAAUCUAGAGUCAAUGUGAUUUCAGGCCAGAUUAAUUGAGACCCAUAAUAAGACCUACUUUGGUUCAGAUUAACAAGAUACUAUGAUCCAUUAAGUAAUUACUAGGUCCUCAUAAUGUAUGCCUUUGUGAGGGAUGCUAGCUUCCUGUCUACUUGGUUUAAUUACUUUAAAACCCCAAAUCCAAAUAAUUACUUUAUACUGGUGUCUUAAAACAUUAUGCAAUUUUCUAUUUCCAUUAUAACUAUGCCAGUGGUUCUCAAAGAAAAGGCCUCCAUUCUAAAAUAAUGAGGAAAAAUAUUUAUUACAUGUACCUCUGAAAUUUUUAAUCCAUAAUUUCAGACAUAGUUAUCAUUAAUGUAUGAGAUAGCCAUUAACAUUUUAUGUUUUGCUCAGUUCCUUAAUAGUUUUAGAAUUUGAGGAUAUCCCAUACUUAUAGGAUGUCAGAGGCAGCACUCUGAGCACCCUC